GUUAAACGCUUUAGGUAGGAGAAACCAUGAAAAUCUUAAAACUCUUGACAAAGCAGCAAUAUUGAUUGUAUUUAAGACUGGGUAUAUCCUUUCCAGAAAAGGGAAGUUUAGAAGUGAUUUUCUUUAGUAGAUUUAAAAUCAAAAGAGAGGUAGGUUUAAAAGCAAAAUAGUUCCCUAGAAUAACAUUAAGAAACUUUAGUUUUCAGUUUUCAGUUACUUACUGGUUGCCUUGAAAGGAUGAAGAAUAUUCACUGGCAUGGAAAAAUGAACAUGAUAAUAUUUUAAAUAAAACUUAAAAUACAGAACUAUAUCAUCUCAGUUUUGUUUAUAUAUAUAUAUGUUAUUUUUUCACAUACAUAAACUUUUAAGUAAAUCCUUUAUCUUAAUUAUUAGCAUACAACUUAAAGGAUGCAUUAUGGUUGAUCAUAAAAUCAAUGUAAUCAGAGGAUCAGACGUUUAUGCUUAUUUUUCUACCACAAACUUUGUUGAGCAUCCCUGCCCAUUUUUUGCAGCACUUUAUUCUUUCACUCAGUGGUUUACACCCUAGUUUUUUAUCCUCCCUCCUGAACCAGACCUUUGCAUUCAACUAUAUUCCUACUGUAUUGCCUCUACUUCUCCCUGACUUCUCUUUUCUAUACACUCGGUCAUAUUCUUCAGUUAUGUUCUAGCUAUGUGUCAUUGUAAAGAAUUCAUAGACCCUAAAAAGCUAGUACAUAAUAAAAUGUUCUUAAUUAUGAUGAGUGCUAUAGGUUUAUUUGCAUUUCCAACCAACACCAACUGCACAGGAAUUUCAGGCAUCAGGGAUAGGCCCAUGUGGGAGAUAUUUUGGGAAAGUCCACACCACAGAGACAGUUGCUUUCUCUGCAUAAAUGCCAGCUCUGUUCACAAUCAUUAUCUGCUUAGUUGUGUGUAUUAUAUGGUUCAAGAUGGAAGAUGGUGCUCCAAAGCAUAUCAUCCAGAUGACGGGAUUUAAGAUGGAAGAAAAGGAAGCUCUAGGCAAAUUGCUUUUAAAACUAGAUUGCACUUUUAUUAAGAGUGAGAAAUACAAAAAUUGUACACAUCUUAUAGCUGAACGUUUGUGUAAAAGUGAAAAGUUUUUAGCAGCUUGUGCAGCAGGAAAGUGGGUACUAACUAAGGACUACAUAAUUCAUAGUGCCAAAAGUGGCAGAUGGCUUGAUGAAACAACUUAUGAAUGGGGCUAUAAAAUUGAAAAAGACUCUCAUUAUUCGCCUCAAAUGCAAUCUGCACCUAAAAGAUGGCGUGAAGAGCUGAAACGCACUGGUGCUCCAGGAGCCUUCCAUAGAUGGAAAGUUGUCCUCCUUGUUAGAGCUGAUAAACGAAGUGAUUCUCUUGUAAGAGUUCUGGAGGCUGGAAAAGCAAAUGUUAUUUUACCAAAAAGCUCACCAAGUGAAAUAACUCAUGUGAUUGCCAGUAAUGCAAGAAUCAAGGCUGAGCAAGAAAAAGACAACUUUAAAGCUCCAUUUUAUCCAAUUCAGUAUCUAGGGGAUUUUCUUUUAGAGAGAGAAAUUCAGAAUGAUGAAGAUUCCCAGACCAAUUCUGUUUGGAAUAAACAUAGCAAUCAGGAAAAAAACAAAGAUUUCUGGAAGGAUAGGGGAUUUCUUGAAAUGAAAGGUGCCUUAAAAGAGACCACGCAUAGAACCCAGAAAGAAAAGCAAAAUCAUGAUGAAGAUGUUAACGUUAGUUCUCUUUUGACUGGCCAUCACAAAAAAGAAAAAUUCAGAGAUUCCAAUAAAGAUUUGAAAUUUGUUAAAAUGAGAGAUGCCUUAGGAAGGUGCACGUAUGGAAGUCAGAAGGAAAUUAAGAAAAAGGAUGAAGAUGUUCAAAGGAGUUAUACUUUGAGGAAAAAACGCAAAAAGGGAAAUGAAAGAGAUUCCAGGAAAGACAUUGAACGUAACAAAAUUAGAAGUACCUCAAGAAAGCACAUAUAUAGAGAUGAGAAAGAAAUGAAGAAUUCCAUUUUUGCUGAUGGUGCCAAAGAAUCAAAUCCCAAGGAUGUCAGGACAGAUGUGGAUAUUGUUGAAAUAAAAAAUGACCUAAGGAAGCACAUAUAUAGAGCUCAGGCUAUCAGAUACAGCUGCAUUAGAAUAGAUAAACAACCAGUGUACAAUAUUGAGGCUAAAAACGCUGAAUUUCCCAGAGGUGUAUUAAAUUUAAUUGAAAGUCUCAUAGAAGGACAGUUUUUUAAAGAGGCAAUUGAAGAGCUUUCCUCAUUACAGGCACAUUAUAUCCCCCCUGUAUGCCUUCUUCAUGCUCUCCUAGAGAACAUUCUGCAGGAUAACAUAGAUACAUUUUCUGGCCGAUACUUUCAUAUAUUGUCUGCUCUUCUUCACCUACAUCCUCCUUGGAAGUCCCCAGCCAUGUCAAGAUAUUACUUAGAGCUGUUUCAGUGUCCAACUUGUAUGAAAGGAGCAUGGUCUCUCAUAGAAGUGCUUAUCAGGUCUUGUCUUUACAAUGAAAGUUUUUGUCAUCAAAUUUCGAAAAAUAUUAUUGGCAGUAAGGUGCUCCACCUGACCCUGCUCAAAUUUUUCUUUAAUUUAGUGGAAAGUGAAGUGCGACAUCUGAGCCAAAAGUUGUAUGACUGGUCAGAUUCUCAGAGUCUGAAAAUAACAGGAAAAGCAAUUCUUCUUGAAAUCUUUUGGUCAGGAAAUGAGGCCUCUGGGCUUUUGACCAAACCAGUAAAUAUGCUUUUGGAGUGGACCAUAUAUUCUCACAAGGAAAAAUGCAAGUCUAAUGAUGUCUUCAAACAUGAACUAGCCUACUUACUCACAGGAAUUCUUGGAGCAGCAAUAGAUUAUUGGAUCUUCGUUGGUCUGAAGAGGGGUAAAAAUGUGAUGCGGCACAUGUCUGAUGACUUAGGAAGUUAUGUUUCCCUUUCAUGUGAUGACUUUUCUUCACAGGAAUUAGAGAUUUUCAUUUGCUCCUUUUCCUCCUCCUGGCUUCAAAUGUUUGUUGCAGAGGCAGUCUUUAAAAAGUUGUGUUCACAGAGUUCCAUCAGCAUUUCUUCUGAGCCACUCUCUCUCCAAAAAAUGGUAUAUUCCUAUUUGCCAGCUUUGGGGAAGGCUGGUGUGCAUGGGGCUGGAAAGAUACAGAUAUCAAAGAAGAUAGGACAGCGGCCUUGCCUUGAAUCUCAGAGAGCCUUGUUAAUGCUGAAUGGUGCGAAACAGAAACAAGUGGAAGGGCUGCCAGAAUUACCAGAGCUGAACCUUGCUAAAUGUUCCUCAUCGUUAAAAAGAUUGAAAAAGAAGUCAGAAGGAGAAUUAUCAUGUUCCAAGGAGAAUUGCCCCUCUUUAGUUACAAAGAUGAAUUUUCACAAAACUAAUCUAAAAGGAGAAACAGCCCUCCAUAGAGCUUGCAUAAAUAACCAAGUGGAGAAAUUGAUUCUUCUUCUCUCUUUGCCAGGAAUAGACAUCAAUGUUAAAGACAAUGCUGGCUGGACGCCUUUGCAUGAAGCCUGUAACUAUGGCAACACAGUGUGUGUCCAGGAAAUUUUGCAACGUUGUCCAGAGGUAGAUCUGCUCACUCAAGUGGACGGGGUGACUCCUUUGCAUGAUGCACUGUCAAACGGACAUGUAGAAAUUGGCAAGCUGCUACUACAGCAUGGGGGCCCGGUGCUUUUACAGCAGAGGAACUCUAAGGGAGAAUUGCCCUUGGAUUACGUGCUAUCAUCUCAAAUCAAGGAGGAACUAUUUGCCAUUACAAAAAUAGAAGAUACAGUGGAGAACUUUCAUGCACAAACAGAGAAACAUUUUUACCACCAGCAACUUGAAUUUGGUUCAUUUUUACUUAGUAGGAUGUUGCUAAAUUUUUGUUCAAUUUUUGAUUUAUCUUCGGAGUUCCUUUUAGCUUUCAAAGGGUUAACUCAUCUAAAUGAGCUGCUUGUGGCUUGUAAGAAUUAUAAGGAAGCCACCAGUGCUCACACCGACUGGUUAUUGGAUCUUUAUGCUAGAAAUAUAAAGACAUUGCAGACGCUCCCAAAUAUUCUUAAGGAACUGCCUGAGAAUGUAAAAGUGUGCCCCGGAGUGCACACUGAGGCCUUAUUGGUGACACUGGAAAUGAUGUGUCGUUCAGUCACAGAGUUUUCGUGAUGAUGACAAAAACAAUGAGUCCACUUUCCGAACGUAGUUAGCUUGCUUUGUCAUUUCUCAUGGACGUUAUAGCUUAUUAACAAAUAAUAAUUUUAUUUAUUUAUUGACAGAAUUUGCAGCUUUGCUGAAUUUCAAAAGCACUUAAUGAGCUGCUGCAAAACUCUAAAUGUAAGCCCCUGACUUUUUCCAUGUUGUAGAAUUUGACUCAGAAGUAAAAAGAGUUUCAUUUGGUGUACACUGUUUUCAUUAAUCUUUAUUAUUUCUUGUUCUGAAAAUAUUUAUUUAUAUUGUACAUGUAAAACAUUUUAAUUUAAAUAUUUUUUCAAAUCAAAAUGUAACAUCCUCUGUUCGAGGGAUUUGAGGUUUAGAAUCAUGACAAGGAUAUUCAUGCAUAUGUGUACCUAUAAGCAUGUAGCUACCUGUUUUCUUCUCUGUAGGCUGUUGAGCUAAAAUUACUCAGUUUAGUUUUGUUGUAAAAUAAACAUUUCUAAAAUUUACAAUAAUAAUAUUCUCUUGGUUUUUAAAUGCA